AUGCCUUUAUAUACCUCUCCAUUUCUUCUUUACCCAUCACCAACUGCUCCAACUGUCAACUGCCAUUUCCCUCGUCGACGCGGCGCCACGUGCCCUUCAUCUUCUCUACGGCGCCGUUUCACCUCCAAAGUGAAACCCUUUCUCCCAAUUCCACUCCAUUCCGCCAAGGUUUUCAGAAAACCCAAUUUGCAGUGCUCGGCCUCCUCCUUAUCCAUGUCUGCAGAGGAGUCCACUUCGACCUCUCAGGGUAGCUUGUUGUAUUCAAGGGCAUUCUGGGUUAGUGAAUCAAUUAUUGCUUGGAAUGUGUAUGUUGGAAAUGGUUCCUGCUAUUUAUUGGCUAGUAAAACUGCUGCUUUAUCUCUUACAAGUGAUGGAAUUCUAGGUGAGGAUGUAAAAGUUAAGCUUGAAGAAGAUAAACACGGGCUUCCAGAAAAUGUGAAAGAAAAAUUUCCUCAUAUCAAAGAUUACAGAGCUUUUAAUGUGCCCCCUGAUUUGGACGCCAAACCUCUUCUCAAAUGCCAAGUGGCUGUAGCUACUUUCAAUUCUGAUGGAAGGUGCAGUGAUGCUACUGGUCUGCAAUUACCUGGUAUCCUAGAUGACUUGUUCUCAUAUAAUGGUCCCCUUGGUGCACUUUAUUCAAAACAAUCAGUGUCACUUUACCUUUGGGCGCCUACGGCUCAGGAAGUAUGUGUUUGCAUUUAUAAGGAUCCAUCAGGUGGGAGUCCCCUAGAGGUAGUGCAACUUGAGGAAUUUAAUGGUGUUUGGAGUACUAAAGGACCAAAAAGUUGGGAAGGCUGCUAUUACGUGUAUGAAGUGUCUGUAUAUCAUCCUAGCACCUUGAGAAUUGAAAAAUGCUAUGCAAACGAUCCAUAUGCCAGAGGGCUCUCAUCAGAUAGCAGGCGGACAUUGUUGGUCAAUCUUGAUUCUGAUAAUAUAAAACCUGAAGGAUGGGAUAAAUUGGUAGAUGAGAAACCUGAUAUACUUUCUUUUUCUGACAUAAGUAUUUAUGAGUUGCACAUAAGAGAUUUCAGUGCCAGUGACCAGGCUGUGCAUCCUGAAUUUCGUGGUGGAUAUCUUGCCUUCACUUUGCAGGACUCAGCUGGUGCAAUUCAUUUGAAGAAAUUAUCAAAUGCUGGUAUAACUCAUGUUCAUCUACUGCCAGCCUUCCAAUUUGCAGGUGUUGAUGAUGAGAAGGAGAACUGGAAGAGUGUAGAUCCUGAGGUGCUUGAAAAGUUUCCUUCAGAUUCAGAUGAGCAGCAAGCUCUAAUUACAGCUAUCCAAAAUGAUGAUGGGUAUAAUUGGGGGUACAACCCUGUUCUCUGGGGGGUCCCUAAAGGAAGCUAUGCAAGUAAUGCAAAUGGUACAUACCGUGCAAUUGAGUUUAGGAAGAUGGUUCAGGCACUUAACCGUUUUGGCCUUCGCGUUGUCUUGGACGUUGUUUACAAUCACUUGCAUGGUAGUGGGCCAGUUGAUGAUAAUUCUGUUCUUGAUAAGAUUGUUCCAGGAUACUACUUGAGAAGAAAUACAGAUGGCUUUAUUGAGCAUAGUACCUGUGUGAACAACACUGCUAGUGAGCAUUUUAUGGUUGAGCGCUUAAUUGUUCAUGAUCUAUUGCACUGGGCAGUUGAUUAUAAGGUUGAUGGAUUCCGGUUUGAUCUUAUGGGUCAUAUAAUGAGAAGAACAAUGGUGAAAGCAAAAGAUGCACUCUGCAGCCUAACAAAGGAAAGGGAUGGAGUUGAUGGUUCAAGUAUCUAUAUAUAUGGUGAAGGAUGGGAUUUUGGUGAAGUUGCCAACAAUGGGCGCGGAAUAAAUGCCUCACAGUUGAACAUUCAUGGAACUGGAAUUGGGAGUUUCAAUGAUCGAAUACGGGAUGCGAUACUUGGUGGAUCUCCAUUUGGCCAUCCUCUUCAGCAAGGAUUUGUGACUGGACUACUCUUGCAGCCUAAUGGUCACGAUCAUGGUCCAGAAGCUGUUGCAGAACACAUGCUUGCUGAAUCAAAGGAUCACAUUCAGGUUGGCAUGGCUGCAAAUCUGAGGGACUUUGUUCUAACCAAUUGUGAAGGGAAAGAGGUAAAAGGAUCGGAAAUAUUGACAUAUGGUGGGACACCUGUAGCAUAUACUUUAUGUCCUACUGAAACUAUCAAUUAUGUUUCGGCUCAUGACAAUGAAACUCUGUUUGACAUAGUGAGUCUGAAGACUCCAAUGGAAAUUUCUGUAGAGGAGAGAUGCAGGAUAAAUCACUUGGCGACAAGUAUAAUAGCACUAGCACAGGGAAUACCAUUUUUCCACUCCGGCGAUGAGAUACUCCGGUCAAAAUCACUUGAUCGUGACUCGUACAAUUCUGGUGAUUGGUUCAAUAGGCUGGACUUCACUUAUAGUUCUAACAAUUGGGGUGUUGGCCUUCCUCCAAAAGAGAAAAAUGAAAAGAGCUGGCCGCUAUUCAAGCCAAGAUUAGCAGAUCCAUCCUUUAAGCCUCAGAAGAGUCACAUCAUCGCUGCUGUGGAAAAUUUCUCAAAUUUGUUACGUAUUAGGUACUCUUCGCCACUUUUCCGUUUGAGGACAGCAAAUGCUAUUCAGGAACGGGUACGUUUCCACAAUACUGGUCCUUCACUGGUCCCUGGAGUCAUAGUAAUGAGCAUUGAAGAUGGUCAUGAAGGAGUGCCUGGGUUAUCUCAGCUGGAUCCAAUCUACUCAUACAUUGUGGUUAUCGUCAAUGCAUGUCCAACUGAGGUGUCAUUUGCAAGUCCUUCUCUUCAGGCUAGGACUCUCCAAUUGCAUCCUGAGCAGGUAAUGUCAACUGAUGAAAUUGUCAAGAGAUCUACGUACAACGCUUCUGCAGGAUGUUUUACUGUGCCUCCAAGGACUACGUCUGUGUUCGUUGAGCCUAGGGGAGUUUGA